AGCUCUUUUCUUUCUCUUUUUCUUUUUUUUUUUUUCUAAAAACCUUUUUGCUAGACUAAUUAAUCUCAGGUGAGGUCUUAAUCUCUUCCACUGUUAUUGUUGCAUCAGAGACGAGAGUGGGUUGCUGCUUCACGAAAGUCUUGUGCUUUCAUAAUACGCUCGUUUGGCGUGACACCGCAGCACAAAAUAAGACGAACAAGAAGAAGAAUAGAAGGGAGUCGAACUGGACUCGGCGUUUCUCUCUGAAAACCAGGGAAUCUGUUUCCCUCCUUUUAUGCGCUCCCUCUCUCUCUCUCUCUCUCUCUCUCUCUCUCUCUCUGACACAAGGGAUCAUCACUCCUUUCAUUCUUAAUAUCUUUCUCUUUUUAAUGUUUUCUGUAACCGAUUUUGCGGCCGCUCACACGUGCCAAUCCCAUUCCCUCCACACCAUGAUUCACGAGAAGAAGAUAUAUGUUGGUUGGUUCCAUUAAUUCUCGAGGGAGGAAUCCUCUGCUCACGGUGUACGUUGCUGCGGUGCUGAUUCAUACACCUCCUUCCGACUCCUCGGAACUCUUUGAUUCCGCGAAGCGGUCCACCCGAAGCUUAAUAAUCUCCACAUGGGCGAAGGCGAGGAGGAGCACCAAAGCGCUCGAUCCCGAUGCACAAACGAAGAUGCCGCUUAUCCAAUGUAUUUCGGCACUUCGUGCGCGUUCGUGGCUCUCCAUCUGAUGUCGAGGACGAAAGGGCUCGACGUCGAGCACGGGCGGUGGUCCCUCGUGGGGCAACUGAUGCUCCAAGGAAGCGCCCAGCUGCUAGGAUUGCUCGUCGCGAGAGCUCAAGGAAGAGAAGAAGGUGUAUCGUUGGUGGCGGCGGCGGCGGAGAAGCUACGGAGAGCAGAGGCACAGGUCGAGGAGCUCAAGGGAAUAAGAAGAGAGGAUGCGAAGGCCAACGAGAAGGUCGCGAGCAUCUUCGCGGCGCAGGAGCAGCGGUGGAUAGCCGAGAGGAAGGCCCUCAGGCAUCAGAUCCAAAUCCUCCUCAACCAAAUGCGCGCCCUCGGCGCCAAACACGAAGAGAAUUUAUCAGAUUUGAAAACGAAGAUCGAGGAGAAGAAGAGUGAAGUAGGAUUUAAGGAAGAGGCGUUGGAGGAAGCGGCGAGGAGAAGGAAGGAGUCAGAGGAGAAGCUCCAGUUGGCCGAAGAGGUCGUGGAGGAGCUGAAGGAGAGGGCCAAGAAGGCGGCGCAGGACCACUCCGCCGAGCUCUGGAAGCAUAAGACCGUGUUCGCCGAGCUCAUUUCCAACCAACGGCAGCUAGAAUCCGAGCUGGCACGCGCCCUCCGGCGCGCAGAGGCUGUGCAGAAAGAGCUCCAGGAGGCGGUCGUGCGGAAGGAGGCAGCCGUUUCGAUGGCCGAGGAUCUGAACGCAGAGGUCGAGAAGCUCAACGAGGACGGAGAGCAGAAGGAUAAGAUACUGUCGGCGAUGAUGAGGAAAUCAAAGACGGAUACGGCGGAGAAGCACGUGCUCCUGAAGGAAGUGAAGAUGUCCAAGGCCAAGAAGAAGCAAGCGGAGCUCGAGAUGGAGAGGUGGAAGGGCCUGUGGGAGUCUAUGCGGCGCAAGAGGAGCUCGAGAGCACCGCAAUAUUCUUUAGAUGCCGGGUGCUCGCAUAAUAGAAUUAGAAGAGAGCAACUGGGGACGGGGAGUAGCACUAAUGAUUGCGAGUAUUUGGAAGCUGACAGCGGCAACAGCAGGAGAGAGCGCGACUUUCCCGCGGUGAAGGAAGAGGGCAUUGUCAGCACAGACGAAUGCGCAGACCAGCACCCGGACAACGAAAAUGAUAAACCUGCCGCUGAGGACUUACAUCGACUGCAAGAUUGGAUUCGGAUGGAGGCCGAGAAGUAUGUAUCCGUCCUCGAGCAAAGGCAUCACGGAGAGAUAGAGGCAUUCACAGAACAGAUGAGACACAAAGAUGAGAAGCUAGAGGCGAUGCGAUGGCGCCUGCUUAGCAUGGAGCUCGAGACAAAGCGACUCCAAUCUCAUAUCGAAGGGCUCGACGGGAAUCUGUCACAUUUAAGGGAGGAGAACAUCAAGCUGGAAACCCUAUUGGUAGAUAAGGAGAAGGAAGUGACAUCAUUGAAGGAGAAGCUGUGCUUCUACAUUCAACACCACCAAAAGACUAGCUCAAGCUGUUCUACUGUCCAACAGGGAAAAAUCACGAGAAGGAAGCAAAGGGAGAAAGAGCAAGAAUCAGGAGAAAACCCAGCAGAACAAGUCCAGAUGGAAGAGAAGAUAGGUCAGGAGAGAGAGGACCAAAAGGCUUAUGAAGAAACAAAACUAGCAAAGUUGGAAUCAGAGAAAGUAGUUGGAGAAACCAUACAUGAUGAAAAGAGACUCAUUGAUAUUACAUCAAGUAGUUCGAUGACAGUCUCGGUACCAAAUGAUCUUAAUUCUAAUGAUCAAUCUAUUGUUUACAUCAAUAAAUCGCCUUUGGAAGAACCUAAGCAAGCAGAGAAACAACUACAGGACCAAAUUCGGACGUCCCAGAAAGAAGAGAUUGAAGAAGAGAAAGAAGUCGGCAUGGACAUUGGAAAUGCAAUUCUGCAGAAGAACUUCCAAGAAGACAUAGAUGGCGAUGCUAAAUUAUCACCUAUUGGGUCAUCUCUUGUGCAGUCAGCGCAGAAGAGCUCUUCUUGGAAGAUGGACAUUCAUGCUCUCGGAGUAUCUUACAAGAUCAAAAGGCUUAAGCAACAACUACUUGUGCUUGAAAAAAUGGCCGGAACACAAGCAAUGAAACAGCCAACAGCUAUAGAUGAUAGUCCCCGGACACCUGAAGGAUGGAACGACGAUGGUAAGAUGGAUCAGGCCAAGCCUCAGCAGAAGGGUUUCCAUCAGCUGAUGUCUUUCCUAAAUAAACAAGUUAAGAGAUAUCAGUCACUCGAAGAAAAGAUUGAUGAUCUGUGCAGGAGAAUGGAAAGUUAUCGCAGUGGAAUCCGAAGGGAUUUGCGAAAUGGAAGGCCCAAGGAACAGACUGAAACACUAGAGGGGUUUCUCGAAGAAUCAUUUCAGUUGCAAAGAUAUAUGGUCGCAACUGGUCAGAAGCUGUUGGAGAUGCAAUCAAGAAUCACUUUUGGAUUUGCAGGCACUGAAGGAUUUAGUGAGACUAUGGGAUUCAACAUACGGCAAUUUUCAGAUGUUGUGAAAACUCUCUUUAGGGAUAUUCAAAGAGGCUUGGACGUGAGAAUAGCUCGGAUAAUCGGAGAUCUAGAGGGCACACUGGCUUGUGAUGGGAUUCUUAAUGGGUGAUAUAGAAAUCUGGUUCAAUAUCUUGCCGUUUAAACAAUGCCAUCAUCUUCAAACCCUAUAGCUUUCAUAGAAUGCCUCUCACAUGGCAGAAUGAUAUAAAGAGCAUAUUAAUACUGUAUGUGCAGUAAUAUUGUCAAGUACUAAAUAUUUAACAUGUUCUGAAAAGUACUGGGAAGUUAGACAGAAAAAAGAAGUGACUAUUAUCAUGAAUGUACACAAUUCAUACCUGGCAUUGUAAGGUUUUUGUUA